CACAAACCACGCAUAGGCUGCAUUUUCACACUAUUUACGUGUCCAAUGACGACCACAUUUAUUGUUUGCUGAUUCAUAACGUGGAGUCGUUUUAAUUUUUUUCAAUAUUUUUUAUUUUUGAUAUUAAUUAUUUAUUUUAAAUAUUAUGAUAAAAAUAAGCAUUUUUUGUAUCUAGGAAGUGUAACAGAUACAUUGAACCUGGACAUACUCGUUGUGUAUAAAACCCAGUCCAACUCCACCCAUUUUUUUUUUCGCAUCAGUUCCAAACUGCAAAACAAAGACUAUACCUCUGUUCCUGUAUCCUAAUUUGGAGCAAAUCAAAAUUAAAUUCAUUCAGAGCUAUCGUAUCUAAAAAAUGGCUCCGACUAUAGCAACAACACUAUCUUUCUGUGCCCAAUCGAAACCUGCCGGCGGUGAAAUCUCCGGCGUACCGGAGUCGGAGAUGCUUCGAAAGAGAAACGAAGAGCUGGAGGAUGAAUUGAAGAAGAGCGUAGAGAGAGAAGAGAAAAUGAAAGAAGAGCUGGAGAAGACACGGAGGAGGGUGAAGGUGGCGGAAGAGGCGGAGGAACGCCUUUGUUUUCAGUUAGGUGAAUUGGAGGCGGAAGCUGUAGAUGAAGCUCGGGCUUAUAGAGCCCGUGUUGUUAAUUUAAUGGAACAACUUUCAGCCGUACAAAAACUUCUUCUAUCUGCUUCUAAAUGAGUGUAAAAUUAUAUAUGCAUGCACCUAGUCUAGCUAGUUUUUUUUUUACUUGUAUAUUGGAUCAAUUUUUCUUCUUCUUAAUUCUACCUUUAGACCUUAUUUUCGGUGCA